CAGGGGAUGAAUCCUUCAAACAUGAAAUACAUUUCAGUCUCUUCCCCACACACUCACACCACCACCACCAUCCACGUGCCCCCCAAAACCCUGGUGCCCCCCGUGUUCCAAGCUGCCAGCUGGGAAAGGCAGAGGAGCUCUGCCUCCAGCCCUGAGGAUUCCCAGGAUUCCGACUGGGAGGGCCUGGAAAAGCAGAGGCAGCUCCAGCUGGCAGGGCAGGAGGCUGGGGACAUCCUGGAGGAUGACAGCUUGGAUGGGGACAGCUUGGAGGGGAUGAGUUCUGGAGAGGAAGGAGCUGAGAACGACACAGAAAAGAAAGGGAAACCCAAGAUUUGUGGCAGUGGAAGGAAAAAACUGCCUGUGGACAAAUACUUCAGCCUGAGGUACAAUCCUCAUUGGAAGAAUGCAAAAAAGGGAGAAGAUUUUUUGGAGGCUGAGGAGGCAUCCCAAAUUUUUGGAGGAGGCAGUGGGGACUUUUCAGUGGAUUCAUUUUAUCUCCAUUGUGAUGGCUCCUCAGAAAAUCAUCAACAGGAGGCAGAGAGCCAGGAUUCACUCCCAGAGUUUGAGCCAGAAUUAUUCAGCUUUUCUGGAGCAGACGUGGCCAGCCACAAACCUGAUGGGCCACAAGCCAAAAGGGAGGAGCCUGCAGAUGGAUUUCAUCCCAAAAAUAAUCCUGGCCAUGCUUUCCCUCCUCAGAAUCAACAGGAUCCACCCCAAAGAGCCAAAAAAAACUUUGUGAAAAAAAAUAAACGGACUUUGGGGUUGCAGUCAGGGAGGAUGAACUCCUACCUUGAGCUGCACAAUAAAAAGCAGCAAGUUCUCCAAGGGCAGGUCCCAGAUCCUCCAGUAGUUGAUGAGGAACCACUCCAGAAUGUCCCAGCACCCCAGACUGGGAGAAUGAAGCCUGAAGACAAAUGGCACCCAAAAGGAGAGCAGCUCAAGGAGCAGCCCAGGUUCCCGCAGGGAGCCGGAGCAGAGCCCGCGCAGCCUCGCAGUGCAAGAGCUCUGCCCAGCAGAGACGGCCAGGAGCUCCCAGCAGCAGCAGGAGAAGCAAAUCCCUGGAUCCAGAGGCUCCAGCACCCCCCAGGAUUCCAGGCUGCCCCCCCUGCACUGGGGCAGGACCCCAGCUCAGCCCUGAACCCGACUUCUUAUAAUUUCCCCAAUUCAAUCCUCACCACGCCUGCCUAUUUUCUCCCAAUAUUUCAGAAUUUUUACCCACCAGAGGUUUUAAAUCCUGAAUAUCCCAGUCAGGAGGACAAGAAAUACCAGCAGGACUCUGCAGCUGGAAUUCCACAGCGAUUCCCAGCCAGUGCCAUCCCUGGGCAGCAUUUUCCCAGGAAUAACAGCAGCAGUGACCAGGCACAUCCAGAACUGGAGAAUAUUUUAUCUGAAUUUAAUGCCAUUUUUCAAGAAAGGGUGAAGGAUCAAUCACCACUUCCAGAUUUCAAAAAUCACAUUCACGAGGAUCACAGCUCACCAACAUCUGCUUGUAGAAUCUCCCAUUUCAUAGACAAGGAGCAGCAUCAGCCAAGAAUUUCUGAUUUUGAAGAUGAUUUUGCUGGCACCUGGCUGUGGGGUUUGUUCCCACCUGCCCUGCCCCAGGUGCACAGGGGCUCCCAGGGAGAUUCAGGAAAAGCUGAAGGAAAUCCAAGGAAAAUGAGAAGAAGCAGCUCAGAAGGGUCACUCCUGCAAAGGGAGAAGCAAAACCAGCCCAAAGUCAGCAAGAAGCUGGGUGGCUCCAAAUUCUGCCUCAAUCUGAGUAUGAAGCUUGGAGGCCUUGGACCUGACUAUGAAACAAUCAAAGAGAAAAAAGAAAAGAUAAAGCUGCAGAAGGAAUAUUCCAGGCAAAUUAAGGAGUAUAACAUGAAGAACAUCACUGUGCUCCAGAGGCUGCCUGCAAAGCCCCAGGUGUCAGUGGCCAGGCAGAAGGCUCUGGAAUAUGCCAAGAACAUUCCACGACCAAGGACUUUCCUGGCGAGGCAGUUGGAGCAGGAGGUGAAGGAGGCUCUGCCCCGGGCUCCAGCUGGACCCAGCCUCCCCCAAAUCCCAUCCCUGGAAUCCUUGUGGAGCAGGCACGAGAAGGAGAAGGAAGCUGUGGCUGCUUUUGAAGCCCUUCACAUCCUGUAG